UUGUGAAAUUUUCAUUUCCUUUACCUUUCGGAUUUCCUUUUUGUGGAAAAUCGUGAAAAUUGAUGAAAGAAAAUCCUUUAAGGCCAAAGUAAAACCCAAUUUAAAUGCUACAAAGACAAAUAAAACGUUGAUUUGUAGAGUUUAAACAAUAUUUAGAACAAAAAUUUGGGAAAUUUUCAAAAUUUCACCAACUGAUAAGGCAUAAAUUUAAAAGGGUCACUCCAGUUGCCCUAUCGCAGUUGGCGGCCCUUGAUCCUAAAAUCAGCUGAUGAAAAUAUUGAGGUUAACUAACAUAAAGUGAUUUUGCGGAAAAGUGUACUUUAAGAAAAUCCCAGUAUUUUAGCAGAAAUUGUUAACAUUUUCCUACUGUAGUGAAAAUUAGAGAUGAAUCUGCACGAACCGGUGGAUUUAAACAAGACGCUCGAUGAGCUGACGUCGGAGGAAAAAUUACGUUUGGAGCACAUGAAGCUGCAUGAGAAGCAUAAAGGGCAUGAAUCCAUGCAUGCAGAGAUGAUCUUCAUCCUCCUUAUUACCCUCGUGGUGGCACAAAUUGUGCUCGUGGAAUGGAAGAAGCGUCACUACAAAUCCUACUCUCUCGUCACUCUUGUGGGCUUGUGGAUAGUUCCACUGAUAAUAAGUAUCCGCAAUGAAUGGCUGAGAUUUAUAAUAACGUGGGUGAUAUUUACAUUAAUAACUGGGUUAGUGAUGCGAAAGGCACUUAUAAAACCCAUCUCAGGGACAACGCCGAGACUCGUGUACAAAUGGUUUUAUUUUAUUUACAAAUUGAGCUAUGCUUUGGGAAUUGUGGGCUACAUAAUAAUGAUGAUGACAUUCUUUGGGUUAAAUUUUGUGUUCAAUCAAGCGCCACACAUUUGGAUGGAUUGUGGGCUGAUGUUUGUAUUUUAUGGGUUGUACUACGGUGUCCUGGGGCGAGAUAUUUCCGAGAUUUGUGCUGAUAAAAUGGCAGCACACAUUGGGUAUUACACACCUCAAGGCAUGCCGACGCGUAAUUUGGAGAAGAAUGUGUGUGCCGUGUGUGGGAAUAAAUUGCUGGUUGCUGAAGAUGAGCCGGGUGUAAUUGAGAACACAUACAAAUUGAGCUGUGAGCAUAUUUUCCAUGAAUUCUGCAUCCGGGGAUGGUGUAUUGUGGGUAAAAAGCAAACUUGCCCCUACUGCAAGGAGAAGGUGGACCUCAAGAAGAUCUUCUGCAAUCCCUGGGAGAAGCCUCACGUUCUCUAUGGGCAACUUCUUGACUGGAUUCGAUGGCUCGUAGCGUGGCAGCCCUUCAUUCUCCUGAUAGUACACGGAAUUAAUUGGCUCCUUGGACUGGAAUAAUUUUUAAAUUCUUUUUUAGUCAUUUUCUGUUUCUUUUUUUUUGUGAUUCACCGAUACAUUUUCCUUUGCGACUUUGAUAAAUAAAUAUAAUUUAUUGUGAUGGCGAAAAAAA